AUGGACGAAAACACUAGUAUUGAUGCAUUGUUUGGUGCAUUGAAAAAACUGGAAUCGAAAGCUCCAACAGGUGACUCCCACCAACUUGAGAAUAACUCGACUGAUUUUUCAUCUGAUAAGCUUCACUUCGAGGAUGGCAAAGGAGCCAACACAGAAGAGGAAUUCGAAAAGAUCGAGAAGAAUCUGAACGCCUUACCUAAAUUAGAGAAUGAAUUUGAUAGCUUGGCAAGCAAGAAAGAGCAGAAAAAUGAAAAGAAAUUGAAGCUCGGCCUCAAUCUCGAUGAACAGAAGAAAUCUGGCAGUGCUGCUUCCAGUAGUGAUUGGUUCACCCUCCCCAAGCCAGACGAUAAGUUACGAAGAGAAACAGAAAGGGAUCUUUUAUUACUGAAACAUCGUGCCGCCUUGGAUCCAAAGAGACACUAUAAGAAAGAUCGUUGGCAGGUACCGGACAGAUUUGCAGUAGGAACUAUUAUCGAUAACAAGGCAGAAUUCUUUAGUAGCAGAUUAACAAACAAACAAAGAAAGUCGACGAUGUUAGAGACGUUAAUGGGUGAUGACGAUACAAAUAAGUAUUUCAAGAGAAAAUAUUCCGAGAUUCAAGUUCAAAAAACAAGUGGUAAAAAAGGUCACUUUAAGAAAACUAAAAUGAUGAGAAAGAAAUUUUGA